CUCCUUAUCUGUUACAAAUCUGCUUAAUUAUUUGUUCACUCAGCUUCACUCGAGGCGUAGAUGAAAUAGUAGUUCGUUUAUUUGAACCUUGUCCUCCCGGAUCAGUUCGCCAUGGCUGCCAUCCUGCUGCUGCUGCUAGUGUUCUUGGUGAGUGUGGUCUUGGUUGUUCGAGCCUGGAGAGCUGGGAGGUCUCAUGAGAAGGCGCGGUAUGUGGUCGGGCUGCGGCCUUAUCCGUUGGUCGGCCACCUGCCGCAGUUCCUGGCCAACCGGCACCGCAUCCUGGACUGGAUGACGGAGGUGCUGUCGCGGCAGCCGACGUGCACGUUCGUGCUCCGCCGGCCGGGCGGCGUGCGGGGCGUGAUCACCGCGAACCCCGCGAACGUGGAGCGGUUCCUCCGCUCCGGCUUCGACAACUACCCCAAGGGCGAGCGCUUCGCGUCGCUGCUGCACGACUUCCUGGGGCGCGGCAUCUUCAACGCCGACGGCGAGACGUGGAGGUCGCAGCGCAAGGCGGCGAGCUACGAGUUCAACACGAGGUCGCUCCGCGCGUUCGUGGCGAGGUGCGUGCAUGGGGAGCUGCACGGGCGCCUCCUCCCGCUGCUGCGGCGCGCCGCCGCGGAGGGCCGCGCGGUCGACCUCCAGGACGCGCUCGAGCGGUUCGCGUUCGACAACAUCUGCCGCGUCGCCUUCGACCACGACCCCGGCCAGCUUCCCGACGGCGGCGGCGCUCGCGCGGAGGUCGCCGAAGGCGGCAGGUUCGCCGACGCGUUCCGCGACGCCGCCAACCUCAGCGCGGGACGGUUCCGGUACGCCGUACCGGGGUUCUGGAGGGUGAAGAAGGCGCUUAACCUGGGGUCCGAGCGGCGGCUGCGCGAGUCCAUCGCCGUCGUGCACGACUUCGCCGACCGCAUCAUCCGGUCGCGGCGGGAGGAGAUAAGCGCCGGCCACGAGAAGCACGACCUCCUGUCCCGGUUCAUGUCGAGCCAGGACGAGAGCUACACCGAGGUGGCCCUCCGCGACGUCGUCAUCAGCUUCCUCCUCGCCGGGAGGGAGACCACGUCCUCAGCACUCACCUGGUUCUUCUGGCUGCUGUCCUCGCGCCCGGACGUGGAGCGCCGCAUCCGCGACGAGGUCGCCGCGGUGCGCGCGCGCCGUGAAGACGGCGACAGGGUCGGGUUCGACCUGGACGAGCUGAGGGAGAUGCAGUACGUGCACGCUGCCAUCACGGAGUCGAUGCGCCUCUACCCGCCGGUGCCGGUGGACACGCUGCAGGCGCAGGCGGACGAGGUCCUGCCGGAUGGCACGGCGGUGGGCGCGAAAUGGUUCGUGGCGUACAACUCGUACGCGAUGGGGAGGAUGGAGGCGGUGUGGGGCAAGGACGCCCGGGAGUUCCGGCCGGAGCGGUGGCUGGACGCGGCGGACGACGGGACGACGACGACGACGUUCCGGCCGGAGAGCCCGUUCCGGUACGUGGCGUUCCACGGGGGGCCGAGGGUGUGCCUGGGGAAGGAGAUGGCAUACAUCCAGAUGAAGUCCAUCAUCGCCUGCGUGCUCCAGGAGCUCGAGCUCGUCGUCGACGGCGCGUACCGGCCGCGGCAGGUGACGUCACUGACGCUGCGCAUGGCGGACGGGCUCCCCACGAGGGUGAAGGCUAGACAUAUUUGAAGACGAUAAAUGGGCCGGUGGGCCGUGGCAGACGACGGCUCCAACCUAUCAACUUCUUUUGCAGCCCAAGUAAAUAAACUUCCUAAUAUUUGGGCCAAGCCCAAUCUGUCUAAUGCUGGGCCGGUGAAUACAUCCAAUAGGUGAAUGAAAUUCCAGCUUCAGCUAAUCAGCUGUACUCUACUCAAGCUCAUGGCAUGUCUGUCAUUAGAGAAAGACAAGAAUUCAACAAAACUCUAGGGCUUGAUGGGAGAUGCAAGUACAGCAGUGAUCAGUGACAGACCACUGAACAACCUCGAAGCAGUCAUUAUCGUUUGCUUUGCUUGCUUAGGUCUUCUUGGGGAGCUAGACAUCCAUGAAAUCUAAACCUGUAUCUUCAAAGGCAGGGGAGCGAGUUCUUUUGUGCGAUUACAUGGGCUCCCAGAGCUUGUUUGCAACCAAAAUCUGGGCAAGCCGAACAGUAGUAGUAAUUGUUGCAUGCAUGUUUAGGUUGCAUCUGUGACUGCGUGCCACUGAUUACUGCAAAUAACAGUAGAUAUCAUUCGACACGAACGAGCUGAGAUUGCAAAUAAGGACUGGCACUAUUAGUUAGCAGACAGGGAGGCUCCACUUUCUACCCGCCCCACAUUAUAUAUUUGUGGUGUGCGAUUGAAUUAAAGCCCUUAUUACCGUAUGAUUAG